AUGUCCGAACUAUGGUACCAACAGCCUGCGGAAGACUGGAAUUCCGCCCUGCCUGUCGGGAAUGGGCGCCUAGGCGCCAUGGUGUAUGGACGCACCGACACCGAAAUGCUACAGCUCAAUGAGGAUUCAGUGUGGUAUGGAGGACCCCAAGAUCGCAAUCCACAAGACGCGCUCAAGUACUUGCCGCGCCUGAGAGAGGCUAUACGUGCGGAAAACCAUGUCGAAGCCGAAAAGAUCGCCAAGCUGGCGUUUUUCGCUAACCCGAUCAGCCAGCGGAACUAUGAGCCGCUGGGAAACCUGUUUUUGGAUUUGGGACAUGAUCCUAGCCGUGUUACAGGCUAUCGGCGCUCACUGGAUCUCGAAAGUGCUACAGCACAUGUCGGCUAUGAGUACCAAGGUGUUCGCUUCAAACGUGAAGUCUUCGCCAGCUACCCGGAUGAUGUGCUUGCAAUCAGAUUGCGCUCGUCGAGCAAGGCUGAGUUCGUCGUUCGCUUGACGCGUAUGAGUGACUUGGAAUAUGAAACAAAUGAGUGGCUUGACGAUGUCAGUGCUAGCAGAGACUCCAUUACCAUGCAUGUCACGCCUGGGGGCAGGAACAGUAAUCGAGCGUGCUGCGUCGUGUCAGUUCGUUGCUAUGGUGAUGAGAGUACAAUUACCAAGAUUGGAAAUAAUCUGGUUGUAAACUCUAGUGAUACCCUGCUGGUCAUUGCGGCGCAGACUACAUUUCGACACAAAGACAUUGAUCAAAGAACCAAGCAAGAUGCAGAGAAUGCCUUGGGUCUCUCGUUGGAGGAUCUCCGCUCCCGUCAUGUUUCCGACUACCAGUCUUUGUACGACCGAAUGGGAUUACAACUUGGGCCGAGCUCUCCUGAGGUCCCAACCGACCAACGUCUGAAAUAUUGUCGGGAUCUAGGGCUCAUAGCACUCUAUCACAACUAUAAUCGCUAUCUCCUGAUAUCAUGUAGUCGGGAUGUACACAAAUCGCUUCCUGCAAACCUCCAGGGUAUCUGGAACCCAUCCUUCCAUCCGGCAUGGGGCUCCAGGUUCACUACUAAUGUCAAUCUCCAAAUGAACUACUGGUCUGCGAAUGUGUGUAACCUCUCGGAAUGUGAGCUUCCUCUGUUUCAAUUACUAGAGCGCAUGGUUGAGCCUGGCAAAGCCACAGCUCGGAUCAUGUACGGGUGUCGGGGAUGGACAGCCCAUUCCAACACUGAUAUAUGGGCCGAUACAGCUCCCGUUGAUCGAUGGAUGCCGGCAAGUAUCUGGCCGCUCGGUGGUGCGUGGCUCUGCUACCACAUUUGGGACCAUUUCCAAUAUACAUGCGAUGAAGAGUUCCUUCGUCGGAUGUUUCCCACCCUGCGUGGGUGCGUGGAGUUUCUCCUCGACUUCCUGAUCCAAGACACCAAUGGCGUAUAUCUUGUCACUAGUCCGUCUGCUUCUCCAGAAAACUCAUUCUACGAUUCCAAAGGGGAAAAGGGCACAUUGUGCGAAGGAUCAACAAUCGAUAUCCAAAUCAUUGCUGCUAUUCUGGAUGCCUUCGAAUCAUGCGCAAAGAGACUUGGUCUCGAGGAUGCCCUUCUUCCAUCAGUCCAAGCUACAAAGUCCCGCCUUCCGCCAAUGAAGAUUUCCCCUGCAGGGUAUCUACAGGAAUGGGCCGCUGACUAUGCCGAGGUCGAAUCCGGACACCGUCACACGUCCCAUCUAUGGGCCCUAUACCCCGGGAAUGCAAUCACACCUUCACGAACCCCUCAGCUGGCAGAAGCGUGCGGGGCAGUUAUACGUCGACGCGCAGAACAUGGUGGCGGCCAUACUGGCUGGAGUCGUGCGUGGCUGCUCAACCUGCACGCACGCUUACUUGAAGCCGAAGAAUGCAGUGGGCAUCUAGACUUCCUUUUGUCACGGUCUACUUGGCCCAAUCUACUAGAUAGCCACCCUCCAUUCCAGAUUGAUGGAAACUUUGGUGGUGGGGCUGGCAUUAUCGAAAUGCUGGUCCAAUCCCAUGAGCCUGGGGUAAUUCGCAUCCUUCCAGCGUGUCCGAGAGGCUGGACUGGAUCCAUCCGGGGAGUGCGGGCACGCGGUGGGUUUGAGUUGAAAUUUAAUUUCGAGAAUGGCCGUGUUGUAGGUGAAGUGACUAUAUAUUCGGAGCGUGGAGAGACUGUAGUUGUUCACUUCAAUGAGUUACAAGUAGAGAUUACUGGUGGUGGUGAGCAUAAGAUCUAG